AUGGGGAAGAGAAAAGAGCGUCGUCUUGCAGCUAAGACCAACGCUGGUCGCAGAGUCAAGCUCGAUCUUUUCGCGGAACCCUCUGGAGAUUUGGGUGGCUCUGCUGAACAUGAUGAGCUUGGAGGAGAUAUGAAAUCCAAAGGCCAUGCUGGGUUACCCAAUUCACCAUCUUCGUCAGGUCAGCAACCACAAAAUCCGUUGCUGUUACUUGGGCAAUAUAGUGAUGAUGAGUUGGAUGAUGACUCAAAUCAAGUACUUAGCAAUGCUGCUGUAGGGAAUUCCUCACCUGAGAAUGAUGAUGAGGUUAAGAGUUCACUUGGUGAAUCUUAUCAGCAUAUGGAUACCAAUGCUGACGAAGACCUUGCUUCUCAGAAGGUUAAGCAACAGGGAGGGGAUACAAACUCUGCCCCGAAUGAUUGUGACCAGAGCAUGGAGGACAGUGAUAAAAGAGAAAAUGAUGAUGUGGCCUCUAGUGAUUUACGCACAGAAUUGUAUUUGACAGAACAAGCCUCUGUUCCUGAAACUUCUAGUGUACAAGUCAUUGGAGAUGUCAGUUCAGGCUGGAAGAUUGUGAUGCAUGAAGAGAGUAAUAGCUAUUAUUACUGGAAUACUGAAACAGGGGAAACUUCAUGGGAAGUACCUGAUGUUUUGACCCAGGAAACCAAGUUAACGAGUGACCAGAAAACACCUACUGUUGCAGGAAAGUUGGAGAACGUUCCUGUUGGUACAGAAGAGUCUAACUUAACUUCUGAUGUGAAAUUAGAUGGUUUUUCUAAUUCUGACACAAAUGAAGGGGCUGCCAAUAUGGUUCCUCAUGGAACAGAAUCGUAUGGACAUGGGUGUGGGUCCCAAAGGGAUCAGUGGAAUCUAGCAUGCAAUAAUCAAGCUACUCAUGAUACAAUGGCUAAUGAAGAUCAUGAAUCAGGGAUUGAUCUCUCCUCUCGUCUUGUCAAACAUUGUGAGGCUUUGUUAGAAAGAUUGAAAUCAUUACAAGGGUCCAAGGAACAAUUGCAAGAUCUCAACUGGAUCUCAAAGUAUACUUUGGAAGUUGAGAUAAGACUCUUUGAUUUUCAGUCCCUUUUAUCUUAUGGGUCAUCCUUGCUUCCAUUUUGGAUGCAUUCUGAAAGACAGCUUAAACGGGUUGAGAGUGCUAUAGAUGAUGAAAUGUCCAAAAUUUCUAAAUCUGUACAAACGGAUGAAGUUGAGGCAGCUCAUGCAUCUUUCUCCCAGGGAGAAACAAAUUUUCAGGAAGGUGUGGGAUGUAAAACUGAAGCAGAUCAAGUUGAAACUUUGGAUGAUUUUCAUGCUACCCCUAGUGUUGAUACGUUAGCAAUAGUCUCUAAAGAAAGUUCAGGUGUAAAUGCCGAGCGUGUUUCUGAAUUUGGCUCGCCUACUAGGCAUAUGGAGAGUGGUGUAAGUGAACAAGUCAAUGGGGUGGCAGUUCCCAUUGAGUCAACUACCAAGAAUGAUUUUUGUGCUGGGGAAGAGGUUGACAUGGAUGUGGACAUGGAAGUUGAAGAUUCAAAUUCUGCAGGAAAUACAGCUAUUGCAUAUGCAUUGAAUGCCACGGAGUUUGCUCCAUCAGAGCAGCCAAUUAAUCCUGGCCCACCUUCAGCAUACGCAUCUUCAGUGCCAGAGGAUGCAUUCACCAUUCCACCUCCCCCAGAUGAGGAAUGGAUUCCUCCACCACCACCUGAUAAUGAACAGGUUCCUCCACCCCCACCUGAUGAGCCACCACCUCAGCCCCCGCAUCCUCCUUUGUCAUCUUACCCUGAGACAGGGCAAGCUCCUUAUCCAGAGCAAUACAAUUUUUCCUAUCCAAGUUCCAGUUUUGAAUAUUAUGGGCAUACAGUUACUGAAGGGCGUAGCAGUACUUUUUAUGGACAUCCUGAAGGAUGCCAAGUUUCUAUGUCCCAUGCACCCCUUUACUAUGCUGCAGUUCCUGGCACCUAUACUGAAACUUCUCAGGCUGCAGCUAACCCUGUUGAGUCUGUCACAUAUUAUGGGCUUCAAGAUGGAACUGGACUUUCUGUUCCUGUAGUAAAUGGUGUAGAGUCUUUACAGUUUCACAGUGAGUCUGCUCCUCUUAGCUAUGAAAACCUUGCAUCCGAUCGUACUGGAUCUAUCAACUCCUUUGCAGGAGCAGGCAGUAGUGGUUCAUUGCCAAAUGUGAAUAUUGAUAGUUCUGCUGUUGAUAGUGAGACUGGUGGGGCAUCUAUGGAGGUUCCUUCUACCACAUCCACAAUCCAAGCACCUGCAACCAUUUCAGUGAAAAGUAAUGUUCCUGUGCCAUCAACUAAUCAUGCCCCUAGUGCUGCAUCUAUUCCUGCCACAUCGGAGGUUACUAAGGCUCAGUCUAAAGUUCCACGUACUAAAAAGCGAACAGUUGCAGUUGCUUCCUCCUUGAGGUCUAAUAAGAAAGUCUCCAGUUUAGUAGACAAGUGGAAAGCAGCAAAAGAGGAGUUGCUUGAAGAUGAGGAGGAACCUCAAAAUGCAUAUGAGUUGUUUGAGAGGAAGCGACAAAAGGGAAUAGAGGAAUGGUAUGCACAACAAAUUACCAGCGGAGAGGCCAAAGAUAAUGCCAAUUUUCAGCCUCUUGGUGGCGAUUGGCGUGAGAAGGUGAAGCGAAGAAAAGCUCAAUUAGCCCGCAAAGCGGGACAAACCGCAUCAACACCUGGACCUGAGGCACCUACGGAUGGGAACCAGAAGCCUGAUCUGGCUGAACUCUCAAGGAGUCUCCCCUCUGGUUGGCAGGCCUACUGGGAUGAAUCCUCAAAACAGGUUUAUUAUGGAAAUACGGCGACCUCAGAAACUACAUGGACUCAACCAACAAAAUGA